ACAAAAUGGCCGAAUGACCUAAGAUCCAGAAUGGUCUUUAACCUCCUGUCUCAUGCCUCCAAUAGGAUGUCCGGGAACUCGUCCUUCUUGUUGACAACGUCGACAGCUCCUCCCACAGGCUUCCUGCGCAACUCCUCCCUAGACCUGCCGCCUCUCCGUCAGACUCCGCCCCCCGACUGGGAGGUGCCGACCUUCACGCAGGCGGCGCAGUUCCGCGUGGUGGCCACGCUAGUCCUCUUUGCGUUCGCCGCUGUCAGCAACCUCUCGGUGCUGGCCAGUGUGGUGCUGGGGCGGGGCCGGCGUCUGGCGGCCCACCUGCGGCCGCUGAUCGCCAGCCUGGCGGCGGCAGACCUGAUGAUGACGUUCGUGGUGAUGCCGCUGGACGCGGCGUGGAAUGUGACAGUGCAGUGGCGGGCGGGCAACGCCGCCUGCAAGCUGCUCUGCUUCCUCAAGCUGUUCGCCAUGCACUCGGCAGCCUUCAUCCUGGUGGUGAUCAGCCUGGACCGCCACCGCGCCAUCCUGCGCCCCUUCGACGUGCUCGAUGCCAGACGCCGCAACAGGCACAUGCUGCUGCUGGCCUGGGCACUCAGCUUGCUGCUGGCGUCUCCGCAGUUGUUCAUUUUCCGAGCAAUCAAGGCAGAGGGCGUGGACUUCACCCAGUGCGUGACCCACGGGAGCUUCCAGAAGCGCUGGCAGGAGACUGUGUACAACAUGUUCCACUUCGUCACACUCUACGUGGUCCCCCUGCUGGUCAUGAGUUGCUGCUACACCCGCAUUCUCAUGGAGAUCAGCCGGCAGAUGCGCAAAAGCAAAGACGGAGAGGUGUGUCUGAGGCGCAGUGGGACAGACACCAUCCCCAAAGCUCGGAUGAAGAUGCUGAAGAUGACCAUCAUCAUCAUGGUGUCCUUCGUGGUGUGCUGGACGCCGUACUACCUGCUGGGGAUCUGGUACUGGUUCCACCCGCAGAUGCUGCAUGUCACGCCUGAGUACGUUCACCACGUCUUCUUCGUCUUCGGCAACCUCAACACCUGCUGCGACCCGAUCAUAUACGGUCUGUACACCCCGUCCUUCCGGGCCGACCUGGCGGCCUGCUGCUGCCGCCGUCACCACGACUCCUCCCCCAAAUCACUGGACUGUCUCUCCUCCACCCACCGGGGCCCCCCCAUCGCCGAGACGGAGCACGACGCCCCCAGUGGUGACCAGGCCAACGGCACUCGUGGGUAGACAGCUCGCAUGCUUCCUGUGCCUUUGCUGGUGCAGACUGGGGAACUUCCUGUCUCUGAUGUGCAGAUACAUGUGCCUGAGCUGUGGAUGCACCCUGAGAUUUAAUUACACACUUCGGGUGCCGCAUUGCACCCUGGGAUUGAAUCAGACACUUCCCGUGCUGCAUUGCACCCUGGGAUUAAUUCACACUUCCUGUGCUCCACUGCACCCUGGGAUUGAUUCAGAUGUUUCCUGUGCUGCAUUGAACCCUGGGAUUUGGUCAGACACUUCAUGUGCCACAUUGCAUCCUGGAAUUGAGUCAGACACUUCCUGUGUCACAUUGCACUCUGGGAUUCAUUGAAAAACGUCCUGUGCUGCAUUGCAGCCUAGGAUUGAUUGAGAUACUUCCCAUGCUGCAUUGAACCCUGGGAUUGAGUCAGGUGUUUCUUGUGCCGCACUGCACCCUGGGAUUGAUUGAGACACUUCCUGUGCUGCAUUACACCCUGGGCUUGAAUCUGACGCUUCCUGUGCUGCAUUGCACCCAGGGAUUGAAUCCGACAUUCAGAUUGAUUUAAUGAUUUCAUUUGCACCUUGUUUCUGAGGCGACAUAAUCAGUGGUUUAAUAAAUUAAUGACUACAGAGAUUAAUAUUUUGAGACCCAAAUAUCUCUCACCCAAAGAGUGUGACAGAGACUUCCUGUUCCGCACUGCAAACUGGGAUUGGUAUGGACACUUUCUGUGGAUUAGAGCUUGAAAACACAGAUAAACCCCUUCCCUUCUCCACAAAUGCCCCCCUCCCCCCAUUUCAGCUCUCCUUGAUUGAUGUCCUGAAUCAACCGGACAGCUCUGUUUUAAAAGAGCAUAACUGCAUGUUUUAAAAUGAGAGAGUAAUAAGCGGCUGUGCAUUCUUGAUGUUUAUGCCAUACACAGUUGAUGGGCCGUUGCCCCGGUAACGGCUCCAGGAGAGGUAGUGUGCGGCACACCUGUCUGUUGCUCUUUAGCACGCACCGGCACAGCCAUCCAAAACAACACUUAAGUGUGCAAAUUAUCAGCGGAAUCGACCUCGCUAUUGUUUUUGUCCCCGGAAACCUGCUGCUGGUUCAGCGGAAGGAUACCCUGACCCAUUUCAAACAUUGUAACGUGCCAUUGAGACAUUUUCCCGUCUGCUGGUCAGAAGUUCUACGGAACCUGGGUCCCACGUUUCUUGGGUUCCAGAACCUAGAAUUGUUACACAACCCCCCCUCCCAUCGCCAAACUUUGACACAGGAACCAGAGCCUCCUGCUGGACAGGUAAAACUGAGGCGCCCAUCUCACAGGACUUGGGAUGCCGAUUGCCAAUCACAGGAGGGACCAUACAGCCUCAAAAGUCACAUGACCGAGGCAGGAAACUAACUUAUUCAUCUGGUGGUCACAGAGGCUGGUGCAUCCCAAAAGUCACCAGGCAGUUUCACCGUUAUAACAGACUACCGGACAUCUAGAACAGGACCUCCGAGUAAUGGGUUGUUACCUGCCAAAGUGGUUAAGCUGGUUCUAACGAAGCUUAUAUCAGUCCAGAAAUGAGCAUAUGUACACCAUUAGAGUUAAAUGUACACAGCAGGAGCUGGUUUUACAGUGUGUAACAGCGUUAUUGUGUUCUGCUCUGCGUGUUAUCCUGUUUCUGCAUCUCUCUGGGAGGCUACUGUGGACCGGCAGACAGUCUAAUGGGUUAUAAAUCACCCGUCUCUCAAAAUAGAGCCAGGAAAAGGUACGGGGACAAAGGGGGGUGGUUAAGAGGGGUGUGAGCGAUGUGUGAGAGCAGUGAUGGGGGGGGGGGGGGGUGUUAAAUCAAUGAAUUUGCAACAAUGGCGCUGGAGGUUACCAGGGGACGGAGGGGUUGGUUGGAUGUGCGUGGUUUACAGUAAUCAGCGGGCAUACAGCAAGCACAGGCUGGAAAAUACACAUUACCACCCAAAUUAGGGGGUUUGGUGUUCAUGCCAGAAGAAAACUAAAGGCAAUAAACAAGAGGAAAACACUACAAAGUCUUUCUCUCGCUGUCUGUUUCUAUGUGUCAGGCAGUGAUGAGAACAAGUGUGUUGACUAUCAACAUGUAGGCCAGAUACAGACCAAAUGAAUGUAGUGUGGGGGUAUGUUACACCAACAGCCAAUCAAUAACCAGACUGUAUUAAUGUAGUAUGGGGGUAUGUUAUACCAACAGCCAAUCAAUAAUCAGACUGUAUUAAUGCAGUAUGGGGGUAUGUUACACCAACAGCCAAUC